AUGGAGCAACAAAAUUGGACAAUGGUGACAUAUUUCUUCAUUAAAGGAAUCUCAGAUGUUCCUGAGCCACAGCUUCCAAUUUUUCUUCUCGUCCUUUUGAUAUAUCUGAUUACACUUGGUGGGAACAUGACUAUUCUAACAAUAAUCUAUCUGGAUCAUCAACUCCACACUCCCAUGUACUUUUUUCUGGGGAAUCUGUCUAUAGUGGAUUUGUCAUCGACAACGGCUUCACUUCAUAAGGAACUUCUAAUAUAUAUAACUGGGGAUAGAGUAAUUUCAUAUGUGAGCUGCUUAUCACAGUUUUAUUUCCUGGGCUGGUUCAUUAGUGAUGAGCUUCUGAUACUUACAGCUAUGAGCUAUGAUCGGUAUGUGGCUGUCUGUAACCCCCUGAGAUAUACUAUGAUCAUGAACUGGAGACUUUGUUCUUGGUUGGCCAUUGCAUGUUGGGUGGUGAGCUUUGUAGAAAUCAGUCCUUACGCUAUAUUGGUAACUAGUUUUUCCUGCUACAAAUCUAAUGUGAUUAAUCACUUUUUUUGUGAUCUUGUGCCCCUCAAGAAACUUUCCUGCAAGGUGAACCCUACUUUUGAAAUGUUUACAAUAGUCGAAGGAGUCUUUGUCUUGACCAUUAUUCCUCUGCUUCUAACCACUGUGUCUUAUGUAUUUAUUAUCAACUCAAUAUUAAAGAUACAGACCAGCAGUGGGAGACGUAAGGCCUUCUACACAUGCUCUUCACACCUUUCAGUUAUCAUUCUUCUCUACACAACACUUGUCAGUCAAUACCUGAGUCCAAGUUCAAAUGAUUUGGAGUAUAAAAAACUCCUCUCUCUCUUCAACAUGGUGGCAGUGCCAAUGUUAAAUCCAUUAAUUUAUAGCCUGAAGAACAGAGAUGUGAAGUUGGCCUUAAGGAGACAGUUACAUUUUUUUAAAAGAAAUGUAAUGUAA